UAAAGUAAAUCCUAACCUAUCCAUCGGAUAUGUCGUCGGAGAUGUUUCCUUCAUCCAAUUAUUCUUUCUCACCGUCGACUAUGUUCUCAGUGUUUGCAUCCCUAAGUGGGUUCUCGAUGCUCUUUAGAUCCAUGCUCAACGACUUCGUACCGGCGCAGCUCCGUUCGUACGUCUACGACAACUUACUCGGCAGAUUGUUAACUCCGAACUCGAAGAAUCUCACGUUGAUCAUCGACGAGAACUCCAAGCAUAAGAGGAACCAAAUCUACGACGCGGCGGAGAUGUACCUCCGGACCAAGAUCGGCCCCGAGACAGACUGUUUACACGUUUGGAAAACUCCAAAGCAGAAGCACGUCUCUGUCACGAUAGCGAAAGGAAAAGCGAUCCGCGAUACGUUCGAGGACUUCCAGGUGGAGUGGUUAUAUGUUGAGGAUAGUGAUACGGGAGAACGGUACUACGAGCUCACGUUCGAGAAGAAGCUGAGAGAUAGAGUCCUAAACUCUUACUUGAACCACGUUACCGCGGAGUGGGAAAAGAUCAAGAGGGAUCUGAGAGUGGUGAAUCUCUACAGCCGAGAUGUGCAUGUGCGCAACAAUGACGACGACGAUGGAGGUGCUGGUGCGGGAUGGGGAUGUAUAAGUCUCGAGCAUCCUUCCACGUUCGAAACCUUGGCAAUGGAUCCUAGUGCUAAGAAGAAGAUAAUCGAUGACUUGGAUAGGUUUUUGAAGAGGAAAGAGUAUUACAAGAGAGUUGGUAAAGCAUGGAAACGAGGAUACUUGUUGUAUGGACCACUAGGAACGGGUAAAUCUAGCUUGAUCGCCGCGAUGGCUAAUUACCUAAAGUUCGAUGUGUUUGAUCUUGAUCUUAGUCGUAUUUAUGACAAUGGUGAGCUGAAGAGGGUUUUGUUAUCCACCACGAAUCGUUCUAUUUUGGUGAUUGAGGAUAUUGAUUGCAAUGAUGCGGUGAAAGAUAGGGAAGAUGAGAAUCAAGAAAUUGGAAAAGCUAGAGGAAAGAGGAAACACAGAGAAGAUGAGUAUGAAGACAGUGAAUAUGUAGACAAACAGUUGACUCUGUCAGGGAUUCUGAAUUUUAUUGAUGGGCUAUGGUCAAGUUUUGGAGAUGAGAGAAUCAUCGUGUUCACGACAAACCACAAAGACCGGCUUGAUCCUGCGUUGCUACGUCCUGGAAGAAUGGAUAUGCAUAUCAAUAUGUCGUAUUGUACAGGUUUAGCAUUUAGGACAUUGGUUUCUAAUUACCUUGGUUUAGAUGGCUUAAACCAUCCUCUAUGUGAAGAAAUUGAGAAGCUGGUAGAUUCUACGGAGGUUACUCCAGCUGAGUUAGCUGAAGAGUUAAUGCAGGACGAUGAUACUGAUGUUGUUCUCCGAGGAGUAAUUAGUUUUGUUGAAAAGAGGAAAGACGAGAAAAGCAAGGUCAAGGCCAAGGAGGAUGCUUCUUCUUGUAACGGGAAACAGAAUAGCAUGAAGAAUCAGAAGCAAAGGGGCAGGAAAAAGCAAAAACUUGUGUAGAAUUUAACUAACGAGCGAACCAAAACCUUUAGCACGGUUUUGUUUUGCUUUUAGUUUUGUUUUUUUUUCAGUAUCCGGCUUGAAACUUACUAAAACUAUUUGUAGUUUAGUU